AUGACAGUCACCAACCACAUCGUCAAACGGACAGAUUAUGUCUACAAUCUCGGCAACUUUGGCCGGCCCAUAACAACCAUCAGCACCCAGGCCCAGAUUUGGUUCAAUCGCGGUUUAACUUGGGCCUACACCUUCAACCACAAAGAGGCAGCAGCCUGCUUUGAACAGGCAAUUGCCCACGAUGAUUCCUGUGCCAUGGCAUAUUGGGGCUUGGCCUAUGCCCUUGGCCCCAACUACAACCACCCGUGGGAGUUCUUCGGCCGUAAUUUGGAAGAUGUCGCCCGACGCACUUACAACGCCGUCCAGAAGGCCAAGGCCCUCGCUGCAACCGCUACACCAGUGGAGCAAGCUCUCAUCACUGCCAUUCAAGCUCGCUUCCAAGGCGACAAGCCCGCCACGAUGGAACAGUACAGAGCCCAUAACCGGGCGUAUGCUGACGCGAUGGAGGUUGCUUAUCGCGAAUUUGACGAUGACCUGGAUAUAAUGACUCUCUACGCAGACUCGAUGAUGAGUCUCUCAGCCUGGAAAUUAUGGGACCUUGUCACUGGAAAGCCCAAAGAAGGAACACGCACUUUGGAAGCCAAGGAGGUGCUGGAGAAAGCUCUCCGCAAUAAAGAUGCCUAUCAGCACCCUGGCCUGCUGCACAUGUACAUCCAUCUUAUCGAAAUGUCACCCACGCCAGAAUUAGGUUUGGUUCCGGCAGACAGUCUGCGUUAUUUGGUUCCAGAUUCCGGACAUUCAUGCCACAUGGCCUCGCAUCUGGAUGUUCAGGUGGGGGAUUAUCGUGCCGCCGUCCUCGCCAAUCAACUCGCGACCAUCGCAGAUGAGAAGUUUUUGAAGCUCGAAGGUCCCUUCAAUUUUUAUACAAACUACCGCAUGCACAAUUACCACACCCUUAUCUACGCAGCCAUGUUCGCCGGCCAGAAGGCCGUCGCCCUCGAUGCCGUCAACCGCAUGGAAGCUACCUUGCCGAAAGAGUUCAUCGCCCAGAUACCAGAUUUCCUCGAGGUAUACAUGUCCGUUCGUUCCCACGUCAUGGUUCGCUUUGGAAUGUGGGAAGAAAUCAUCACAUGCCCGCUUCCCGACGAUCCCGUACUGUAUUGUGUCACAACCGCAAUGGCGCACUACUCCAAAGGUGUUGCUUAUGCAGCAACUGGGAACAUCGCCGGGGCCGAGCACCAGCGGGAACUUUACCUAGAGGCUGCAAAGCACGUCCCGGAAUCACGGCUCGAUUUCCCGAAUAAGUGUGUCGAUAUCCUGGGCGUGGGAUCUGCCAUGUUAGACGGCGAGAUCCAGUACCGUCGCGGAAACUACGAUAAGGCAUUCGAGCACCUCCGCCGAGCCAUCGAAUUGGACGAUGGCUUAGGAUACGGUGAGCCGUGGAGCUGGAUGCAGCCUUCUCGCCAUGCGUACGCUGCGCUUUUACUCGAGCAAGGCCAUGUCGAGGAGGCGGCGGCUGUUUAUCGCGCGGAUCUGGGCCUUGAUGACUCUGUUAUUCGUGCACGCCAUCAUCCGAAUAACGUGUGGGCUUUGCAGGGUUAUCAUGAAUGUUUGGUGCGAUUGGGUCGCACGGAUGAGGCCAGGGUUAUUGAGCCGCAGUUGAAGGUUGCUGUUGCGGUGGCAGAUGUGCCGGUCACGUCGUCUUGUUUCUGUCGGACUGAUACUUCGCAGGUACCGGAUAUGGAGAAUGUUUGCUCUAAGAGAACAUGUUUGUAA